AUGCCAACACUCAGGCAUCCCGACGUCAACGUUGCUCUUGGGGUCGCAAGUCCCCAGAAACAGGGACCCUCAAGAGCACACAUAUAUCUCGCGCUUGCCGUCAUUACUCUUCUUCUUGUUGCCCGGCUCGUCAAGCCAAGACGUCUCAAACCAUCAGCCCCAUUGCCUGCACCUGGAGACAGCCAGCGUGCUGAGAAAGUCGACAAGCAUCCCCCCCGCUUCUCACCAAUAGCAACUUCACCAACAUCCCAAACGGGCAACCGACCUGUCUCUGUUUUGUCUCCCUGGAGCCAAUUCAAGGGCGGGCAAGGAGUUGUUCCGUUCACUAGGCUCGGGAUCCAUCAGCAACAUCAUUCCUGUGCUGCAGUGCUUACAGGUCACGGUGCCCAGAGCGCCGUGUUCAGAUUUUUGGGGCAGACGCCAGCUAUGGAUGACAACGAGAAUGACCCGCUGAAGGAUCGCUUGCGCUCAGGGUCAGCAUCACGUGGCGUCAGCACCAAUGUUCCCGAUGACGCCGAUUUUAGAUACCAACACGACCCCUCCCCGGCCGGCAGGUACACUGAGCAACAUGUAGGAGACAGCAGACCGAGCUACUCCUCCCACUUCUUCCCUUCUAACUUUCCAGAGGGAUAUGGUAGUGGUGGCUCCGAGGGCAUGGAGAUAGGACCAAUGUCAGGCUACAGCAGCUAUGGCGACCGUGAUUGGAGUGCCGCAUCUGAUCAGCAAGCGGGCUCCUCGAGUGCUGUGUAUGGACAGGAUCCCAACUUCGGUGCUGAGAGCUUUACUGGGUCCCCUGGCUUUUCUGGCUUCGAUCUCAGCACUCCCCGACGCUUUUCGCGCCCACCUCCACCACCACCACUAACAGCUCCAACACGUAGCGACAACAGGUUUCCCUUCGAAGACCGUCAUAUCGGCUAUGCAGCAUCGAUCCCGCCAGAGCUGGACGCCAGCUUCAUACACCAGCCCAAUCCAGCUUAUAGCGGCAUGUCAACAUCAGACGACGUCUUGAACUCCAGCCCCCAGACCGCAGACCCAAUACCGCGCAGAAGAUCCUACACGAAGACUGUCCCCAUCGGAAUCCCUGCUCCUGGAACCACGCCCGCCUACUCUGCUGAGGCAAUGGCAUCAGGUACUGCCUUCACCCCCUCGAGCUAUCCGCCAACAUCGCCUCUUCUGCCUCCUCCUCCACCCGGGCCCGAUGCUCCCUCCGAGUACGUAUUUGUGGGUGGGCCGGGAGGUCCAGGUGUUGUCUUGUCAGAUCAAGAGAUCGAUCUCCACGGCGAGAUCAUAUCAGUCAUGGAUCACUCGGGUCAUGGGUGGAAAAGGCAUACACGCGUCUACGGUGGAGGCGUUUGUCUUGCCUGCCUCGCCGCCGAAGACCAAGGUGGCUUUUAUGGCGACACGGUGCCUCUCUCGGAUCGGCGAUGA